UGUCUCCCGAACUCACAGGGCGUUGCAAGAAGGUGUGAUCGUCGAAGCUUUGCCUUGUACUUCGUUUCGGCCGAGUUUCUCGAUAGAUCCUUCACAAUGUCUGCCUCCAAAUCCGGUCGAGCUAUCACUGAAAUGAAAGCCAGGCGUUUGAGCGCCCCAGCGAGGAGCAAAGCCGUUAAAAGGCCAGAGGAUAUCGUUCGCGAUGUUAGAGGACUCAAGCUACGCCAACGAGUUUCCCUUGUUCUCAAUGACAAGGUGCUACGAGAAGAGCUGGAAGAUAUCGUCGAAAAUUUUGUCCACAAUGGACCAAAGCACACAGAAAACAUACGUGCCUAUCAGGAUUUCUUAGUGCCUACAUAUGGUGGCGGUAGCGGAGGAUCUGUUGUUACUCCAAUCUCCGAUAUUCGUGGCUCAGAUACUCUCAACUACUCGAAGCAGGAGCGUCUUCUACGCUGCAAGCUUGCCUCGGUUUACCGUUUAGUUGAUUUAUUUGGAUGGACUUCAGGCAUCUAUGGCCAUGUAACUGCACGGACAUCACCAGAAGACGAACACUUCUUGCUUAAUCCUUUUGGGCUUUUAUACAGCGAAGUAACUGCUUCAAGUCUAAUAAAAGUAGACUUGAAAGGCAAUGUUAUUGAUAAUGGUAGUACGAACCUUGGAGUGAAUAAGGCCGGGUUCGUUUUGCACUCAGCCAUCCAUGGAGCACGGAAGGACAUCAAAUGUAUUGUCCACCUUCAUCAAACAGCAUGUACAGCCGUUGCAACUACUGAAUUUGGUCUUCUUCCAAUCUCCAUUGAAGCAAGUGUACUUGGACCCAUAAGCUACCAUGAUUAUCAAGGCAUUCUUAUAAAUGAAGAUGAAAUGCAGUCCAUUGCUAGAGAUCUUGGGGAAUCAAGCAAGGUUAUGGUUUUAAGAAAUCAUGGUAUAGUUGCGUGUGGUGAGACGAUAGAAGAGGCUUUUGAUCUAGCUUUUAUGACUGUAAGGGCUUGCGAAUACCAGGUGAGAGCAAUGGCAGCAGGGGUCGAUAAUCUUCUCAAAAUUGAUGAAGAAAUWAGAGACAGAGAUAAAAGUGUCCAGGAAAAUGAUCAACACAACACAUCUGAUAGGCCAAACAAACGUGGCGAGUUACAGUUUGAAGCAUAUAUGCGGAUGCUUGAUUCUAGAGGAUACAGAACAGGUUAUGUGUAUAGAAAUCCUGAUGUAUUUGUUGGGGACAAGCCCAAGGCAAGAGAUGUGACCUCACCAGCAACAACAACAUCCACACGUGCUCAACUUUUCUUCACACCUGACUCUGACAAACAGCCAAACAGAUCACAUUCAACUGGCCGUGCUAACACAUAUCGUAAUCGUGUUAAAUGGCUUAACACUCCUGUUAAGGCAACAGAGUAUAAGAAAGAUCAGGAAGGAGCUCUAGAAGACAUAAAYGAACCAGUCACCAUCAAGGACCAGAAACCAGAGAAAGAAUUCAAAGAUGAUAAGAUCGAAGACCAUAUCAUCACACACACAAGUAAUGUAAUCGUGGAGUCAUCACCUCUCGAAGAAAAAGGCAUGUUUGAUGCYGAAACUCCAGAAGGUGGAGUCACCCACAAGAGAGAAGUGAAAGAAACUACAGUYGUWGUGACAAGGGUGGUAGGUAAGGAUGGUGAAGUGAAGGAAGAUACUCAAGUAACUGAAAACAAGCGAGUGAUAGUAGAUGGUAAGGAGGUGAAUGAUGUUGACCAUCUUGAUAAGCCAGAUGAGAAUGAAGACAAGGAAGAGGAUGAGCAUGAUGAUGAAAAGAAAGAUGAAGAUGGUGAAGGUGGACCAUCAGAUUCUCCUGAGCCUGACAGCCCAUCAAAGUCAAAAGUCAAGAAGAAGAAGAGUUUUAAAGAUGCUUUAAAAAAGCGAUUCAGCAAACGUGGCAAAGAUGACGAGAUUGAAGAAGGAAAGAAAGUUGAAUAAACUUUAUGGACAGAAUACAUUWAGAUUWAUCCAAAUGUUCUCCAACUCUAAAGGAAGAACCAUGAACUGAACAUCAAGAGCUGCAACAUGGCAUGUUGCUUUUAGUUAUAAGACAAAAUAUUUUAAUGGUUUCAUAAAAUUUGCAAGCUUGCAUAGUCACGUCAAUAUAUACAAAUUCAUCUCCUUGAGAUUGUAUUUCAUUGGAUUUUGGCUCUAUUGCCGUCAAGUGACUGUAUGUUACAAUACUAAAGAAGGUCUUACAUCAAGAAAGCUUGGUUGCUUGUGGUAUCAACCUUGUUUGYGCAAUGYGUUUUAGUGACUGGGAUUGUCCAACAAUCAAAGUAUUGUUUAACUGUGAAGCUGAAGUGUUUUAACACAGAUUAGGAAAACUCUGUGUCUAUGUAAAUUUUAGUUAGCUUCAGUUAACUCCUAAUUUAAAGUAUUCAAAAUGUAGUCUGCUAUUUUGUUUUACAGAGAGAGAGAGAGAGAGAAAUAAGAGAAAGUAAAUCACUGCAUUUUGCUUGUGAUUUAAAAAGAGGUUAUUUUUCAUUGAGUCUAUGAUGUCAUUUUAGUUUGAGAGUUCUAAAAGCUCUACUAACAUCACAAGCAAAGUGUACUUUGUUUGAAUCUCUUCAUAGAUCCACAAACUAAACAAAAAUUCCUGAUGACAUUGUUUGCAAAUAUUUUAACUAUUGACCAAAGCUUAUAGUUUUUAGCUGAAAAGCACAUAAACGUGGCUUUGUUUUAACACUAACUUAUGUCUUGAAUGAUAUGUAGGGAUAGCUAGUGGAAUGGCAAAAUGUCGGAGUGGAAUUAGAGCCCMAAACAUAAGUAUGUUUUGAGUGUCCAAGAUGAGAAGAGUAUARGUUGUGCACCAAGAUUUGAUUUCAUUUACCCGUGGCUAUCUCUACAUACAAUACAUUCUUCUUUCUCUUAGAGAUGUAACAAUGAUGCUUUCCAGCAUCAAAAACUACAGUGAUCUUAAAUGUGAUAAUACUGAAAAGUAAGAAUGUAAGUGGGCGAAACCCUAAUAAAUUGAAUAGUUCAGUGUAAUCCAGUUCUUGUAAAGACAAAAUCAUGUCUGAAUUAAAUGCAAAUGUAAGAAUAA